UCCAAUCUCCCCCCAAAUUCUCCCCUUUUUACUCUUUCAAUCCAUUAAACUUUGCUUCUCCUUCUUUCUCAAACUCAAUGGCAAAGAAAUCCAAAGAUAAGCAAAAACAACAACCAACCAAUAAUGAAACCUCAAAUUCAUCAGAUAAUAUUUUCAAUACCCUUUUUGGAGCAACAGAAGAUUCCAACAUUUCUUCACUCUUUUCUGAUAACAAUCCCUUCAAAAGAAAACCUAAUGACAAUUCCACAGCUACCCAAGAACCAAAAAUAGAUGUUCUAGAAGCUUCUAUUGAGAAUCAAACUGAUACUGCAGAAAUCAAGAAAAGGAAAAAAAAGGAUAAAAAUGUAAUUUUGAAUGUAGAAUCUGAGGACCAAGAUGGAAAAUCCAAAGGGGUUUCUUCAUCUGGUGUUGAUGAAUCAAAUGGUGUAGUUCUUGAUUCUGUAAAGAAGAAGAAAAAGGAUAAAAAUGUAAUUUUGGGUAAAGAAGAAGUUAAUGAGGAUAAGGGUAGUAGUGACCCCAAAAGGGUUGAUUUUUCUGAGUUUGUGGAAUCAAAUGAUGGAAUAUCUGAAAAGAAAAAGAAGAAAAAGAGGAAAAGGGAUGAGAUUGAGGCCGAGUAUGAGGCGAAAAAAUAUGGGGUUGUUGAUGUGGUGGAAGUGGAAAAAGGGAUUGGAGAAAUGGUGGUAGGCGAAAAGAGGAAGAAAAUGGAUAAUCCAGAGGAUAUGAUGGUAAAAAAUGAGGGAUUUGAUGAUGAGAAUAAACUUUUAAGGACAAUAUUUGUUGGGAAUUUGGAUUUGAAGAUAAAAAAGAAGGCUUUAUUGAAGGAGUUUGGGAGUUUUGGUGAGAUAGAAUCAGUUAGGAUUCGGUCUAUUCCGUUAACUGAUAGUGCAACACCAAGGAAGGCGGCUAUCAUUAAGAAAAAACUCAAUGACAAUGCGGACAGUGUUAAUGCUUAUGUUGUUUUUAAAUCAGAGGAAUCUGCCCAGGCUUCUUUGGCGCAUAAUAUGGCAGUGGUUGGAGGAAGACAUAUCCGAGUUGACAGAGCAUGUCCACCACGCAAGAAGAUGAAGGGAGACAAUAGUACACUGUAUGACAACAAAAGGACUGUUUUUGUUGGUAACCUUCCAUUUGAUGUGAAGGAUGAAGAAAUUUAUCAGCUGUUUUCUGGUAUGAAAGAGUUCGCAUCGAGCAUUGAAGCUAUUCGGGUGAUCAGAGAUCCCAGUACUCUCCUAGGAAAAGGAAUUGCUUAUGUUUUGUUCAAAACGAGGGAAGCUGCGAAUGUUCUUUCUAGAAAGCGUAACUUGAAGCUACGGGAUCGUGAGCUGAGGUUGUCUCAUUCUAAAGCAACUUCUACUCCAUCUAAGAGGAAAAGCUUGUCAACUGAAGACAGAUUCAGGUCCCCGGCAAAGAAGUUUGCAGUAGAUUCAGCUACACCAGGCAGUAGUAGUAGCUAUAAGGCGAAUACAAAGUCUGCCAUGUCCUACCAGGGUGUGAAGGCAAGCAAAUCUGGUGUGCAGAAGAAAACUCAAUCGAGGAUGAGCGACCGAGGAAAAUUGAAACCUAAAACACAGAUAUCACAAAAGCCAAAAGAGCGCAAUGCAAAGAGACCAUCUGUUGCUGCCAGGAAAGCAAAAGAACUCAGGGCUGCUGCCUCUGGCUUGAAACAAGGCGGGACAAAACGGAAGCUGGAACACCGAACACCUGACACUGCAGGCAGAAAGAAGAAAUUUAGAAAAUCUUAGGUCUUACGUUGUUCAACAAUGUUAUACAUGAGAUAGUAUUCAUUCAUUCACUUUUCAGGAUUGUAGCUUUCUGUUUCAUCUAGAAUUAAAUUUAACUCCCUUAUUAAUCAAGGUUUAGUGUUUUACGUUA